AUGUAUUCUCCCGAGAACGCUUCCGUCCCGCGACCCUUCGAAGGCAGCACAACUCCUCCACCACUUUACGGUCACCCACCAGCAUUAAACAGAAUGGCGAGUCUAGGCAAUGUUCCGCAGUAUGGCAUAGCCAAGCCUUUCGACAUUGUAGAGACCUACAAGCGUCUACUGCACGAAGACCCCGAUGUUACCAUGCCAGUCGCCGCCAUCGAAGCACUCAUCGAGCUCCUGGUACAAUCAAAAGCAGACACGGUCUUCGAGUUCCUCGAUAUAGUCAAAGUCCAGUCCGGCUACCUUAAGUCUCGGAUACCCAAUUCAAUCUCCCUCUCCGCAGGUACAGACUUGUUCCAGCGCUAUAUGAUAAGCUCCAUGAAGCCCACGAGCACGGGGGACUUUGAUACAGUAAGACAGCAUCUGCUCAGCAACGGACGUCUCUUCGUAUCCCGGGCAAAAGCUGCAAGAGACAGGAUAGCUGCGUGUGGAAGGCAUUUCGUUCGCGAUGGCAGUGUUGUUUUGACCCAUGGGGGGUCGCGAGUUGUCGGAACACUGCUGUCAAAGGCCGCGGAGGCUAGCAAGACCGGGGGAAAUGUCAGAUUCAAGGUCAUCUACGUGAUGAAUGAUGCCCGCAGCGCGGAAAGCAAAGCAGUUGUCUCUUCUUUGAGGGCCAAAGGAGUACCGGUUGCCACUAUUAGUGAAGGAGCCGUCGGAUACGCGAUGGGAAAGGUCAACCUUGUUAUUGUUGGUGCUGAGGGUGUUGUCGAAAACGGAGGUAUCAUCUCGAGGUUGGGCACAUAUCAAAUUGCGCUCCUAGCAAAGGCAGCUGGAAAGCCAUUCUAUGUCGCUGCGGAAAGCCACAAAUUCGUUCGACUGUAUCCACUGGGUCAGUAUGAUCUCGGUAUCGAUCAGCAAGUCAUCGAGUUUAAGACCGAAGACGUGAAGGAUUUGUCUGAGGACGAUAAGACAUUUGCGGAUCGGACACCAACGGAUGAGUACUUCGGUAAUAUUGAAAUGCCGAAGACGAAUAAGUUAUCCGAUGCCGUUGAUUUCACUCCACCUGCUCUCGUUUCAGCGCUCAUUACCGAGACAGGCGUGUUGACACCCAGUGCAGUCAGCGAAGAGCUCAUAAGCAUGUGGUACUGA